AUCAUCUAUAAUCAACAAUACUAACCAGUUACCCUACAAUUGCACACAAUUUUAUAUAUAUCCAAAAAUGUGACCAAAAUAAUGUGUGUUUUCUAGAAGCCACUAAUGGUACAUCACUUUCAAAUUCCAGUAAAGGAUCACAAGAACAACUGUUCAAAAUACUGUUAAAAAACAAGUUGCUAUCAUAUCCUAUAAAAAUUUGUCUAUAAAUAUUUUUUUGCUUGUUUUUUGAUUCUCAGGAUUUUUAACUUCAUGUUUUGAUGUUUAUGCAUGGCAUUUGUUUAAUAUAAAUUGGGUACUGUGUUUAAAGUUAUCAAAGUAUGGGGUGUUGUAAAUAUUUUGAAUAUAUAUACAUGAAUCCUAUACUUAACAUAUCAUCAGUAAUUUAGGACAGUGAGUAUUAAUAAACAAAGGAAAUUUUUCUUGGGUAUAUAUAAUAUGGAAUUUGUCUUCUCUCCUGUUGAAAAAUUUAAUAUUAUAUACAUUACUUUGCUUUCAUAUAUUCAGGGUAUAUACCUAAAAAUGGCUUUAAUGGAUCUAAUGGGUCUUGGUGCUGAUAAGCAAGCAGUCGUUCUUGACAUUGGUACAGAGUUUACUAAAGUUGGUUUUGCUGGCGAACAUGCUCCUCGUCACAUCAUUCGUACUGAAAUCAAGAAAAUGAUAAAUGGAGAACUUCGAUCUGUUAAACUUUUUGAUAAGCCAAAUCCAAGUGAUAGCGAAGCAUUUUGUUUGUAUAAAGAGUUCUUUCAUAUGCUUUAUUUUAAGUAUUUGUUAGUUAAUCCAAAAGAACGAAGAGUGGUUAUAUGUGAGUCCAUGUUAAAGCCAAUUCAUAUUCGCAACACAAUAGCAAGAGUGUUGUUUCGUCAUUUUGAAGUUGUCUCCAUAGUUUUUAUUCCAAAUCACUUACUUGCCUUAUUUGCAGUUGGAAUACAAACAGGACUGGUAAUCGAUUGUGGAUAUACAGAAACAACAGUUGUUCCAAUAUACGAGCAAAUUCCUAUUCUCACUGCAAUGGAGUAUAUAGAUCUUGCUGGAAAGGCUGUGCAUGAAAGUAUAAACAAGCACAUAACAGAAAAUGCAAUAGUAGAAAUAAAGGGGGAGGAAAAGUCUGCCAAAUCUAAUUUAAGUUUGUGUGAAUCAGUUUUAGAAGAUAUUAAAGUGCGUUGUUGUUUUGUAGGCAGGCAUGCUACAGAUCUUGUAGCAGUGCCUGUCAGAUAUCCAUUAGGUGGUGACAAAGUUUUACACAUUGAUGGGAAGUUGCGAGCACAUGCUAUGGAUAUGUUGUUUGAAGGAAAUGAAGAAGACCAAAGUAUUGUUACUGUUGUCCUUGACGCCAUUUUAAAAUGUCCCAUUGAUUGUCGUAAAGAGUUAAUGCAAAAUAUUGUUCUUAUUGGCGGAAGUGUCAUGUCUCCUGGGUUUGACUCGAGGUUGUUUGCAGAGCUGAAAUUCCUAUUAAGCAGUGAUUCCUACAACAAUAGGCUAUUUGUUAAAAAGAUUACAUUUCGCAACUCUCCAGUGCCUGCAAACUAUUGUGCUUGGCAGGGUGGUGCACUGUUUGGAGCACUUGAAAUCUUAGGAGAUCAUUCCAUAAGCCGUGAAAGAUACCAUGUUGAUCCGAACAUACCAGAUUGGUCAUCAGUGCUGUCAUUAAACAAAGAAGAUGUUUCUAAGAGCUUGUUAGAUGAUAAAUAUAAGUGGACAAGUUUAAGAAAAUCACUGUCAACAAGCAGUCCAACCACUGUGCCACCUUCAACCAGCGGUGGUAGUCUUAGCGAAAGGUUGAAAAAGGAACUUGGUUUAAGUAAAUAAAUAACUGGUUCGAUAAACCCUAUUUUAGAAUAAUUAUUUAUUAUCUGUUACUUUAAUUUACAUCUGAAGAUUUUUUAAUUAUUGUUUUUUCAUUGCUAUCUUUGUAUUUUGCUUUAAGCCUUUUUUGUAAAGCAUGAAUAUAUUACUCUAGACAGAUCUAAGGUUACAAUGGCAGGAUUAGAUUUUAACAUCUAUUGUCAACUUAGUUUAAUAGGAACGAAUGUUAAGCUGUCAAACUAGAAGCAUAUUUCUGAUGUUUAGAGAAGUUGUACGGGUCAGCAUGAUCUUGAAUAUUUUUAAAAUUAAUUGUUUGCUCCUAAUCAAUACGCAAAAUUUAAAAAAUUACUUGUUAUGAAAAAAAAAUUUUAACAAGCUAAGUAGUUUUUGGGUGACAAAAUUUUUUAUUUAUUUUGAAUACGAAAUUAUAUAUAUAAUUGUAGAGAGGAGAAAACAACUACCAUGUACUGUAAUUGGCUAAUUUUUGUUUGAUACAGUAUUUCAUCAUCAUAACUCAUGUUGGUGUUGUUAAAUAGUUAUUUAUAUUACAGGCUUUUUUUCAAAAGAGGCGUGUGGUAAAGCUAUUGAUAGUACAUAUUAAAUGGCAGAUUUUAUAGAAAGUUCAUUAAUGUAGCACACCUUAAAAAACACCUACCACCUGACGGGUGUUUUUUUUGCACACAAAAUCUUUCUGAAAUAAGCUAUAUGUAUAUCGUAUACCAAGCUUGUAUUUUGCAAAUGUACAUGCAUUAAAAUGUUACUAUUUUAAAAAAUCUCAGACGUAUAAUGUAGACCAUCCUGAAAAA